GAUAAAUCUACUUUUGGGACACCCUGUAAUAUUCACAUUAUAUUCUCAUAAGGAAACCUGACGCAAAUUGUAGCACAAAUUAACCAUGUUUCAUAAAUUCUGCCUCACAACAUAGUUACCAUAGUGAUAUAAGAAACGUUUUAUAACUUAUGCCCAAGAUAACAUAUAAAAUCAGUAAUACUUAAAGAAGUCAAUUAGUCAACAUUCUGCAUAGACUGUUUCCGACCAUAUUGAACAAUUCAAAAUGAUUGUAGUCCAUAUUUUAUUUUUGACUUCAAUUUUUGCGAUAUCUCUAAUGAAAACAGAGGAGAUUUUUCAAAUAACCAUGGAAGGAACAUCUAUAAGAAGUGGCGAAAUAUGCAGUAAUCAACCAAAUGAAAACGGUCCAGAUGAGGCUCUGCAACAAUUCUAUGAUGAGCAAACCAAAAUGCGUUCAUGCGAAAACAGAUGUAGGAUACCAAAAACUACUCACAGUCUUAAUGAUUUCUAUUGCCAUUGUGAUAAUGACUGCAUUCACUUUGAAGAUUGCUGCGCCGAUUUCAAUGCACAAUGCACACAGAACUUCAGCAGUCUAAAUGGCAGUAGUCUAAAUGGGGGACAGUUGAAGGGAGGGCGUUCAAGAUACACAUGCGUAAAGAUAAGCAACACAAAUAUGGUCUACAUGACUUCAACUUGCCGCCCUGAAUAUGUGGGUUCUGUCUUGGAAAGCAUGUGCAAAGAUGGAGAGAAGGUACUAGAUAUGGUACCUGUCACAGAUCAGGAAACUAAUGAGACCUUCAAGAACAUUUACUGUGCUAGGUGUAACAAUGUGAAAGCUUUCACUCACUGGGAAAUAGAACUAGUAUGCUCUGACUAUGUGAUGGGUGAAAAUGAUUUUCUUAAUCCUGGAACAACAACAUUGUUGAAGUUACUAAAUUCUACACUCUGUGAGCACCACUAUAUCCCGCCAGUAAGUACAGCUCCCCUUAGAUCUUGUUUACCGACUCUGGAUACAUGUCCCAAAGGAACAAAUGAAACUAUCGCAAACAUGUGUGCGGAUUCUGGCUUGUACCCUUUGGUUUAUCAAAGUUUGAGUGCAUAUGUAUACAAGAACUUCUACUGCUGGAUGUGCUCUACUUCUCCUGUCCUAGAUGAUACUGGCAAGCUGGUUUUACCUGACUGCAAAAUACAAAUAAUCCAGAUCAAUUCUGAAGACCAAAGGGGAAAGUUGACUGUGUUUUCAUUCAGUGUUCUAUUGGAUGUGACAUCAGAAAAUGACCUCCAUAUGAAUACAAAACCAGGAAAGGGAAUUAGUGGAAUGAACUUUGGCGUAAGUUGUGACACAAAUGGGGCCUGCACGACUCUUAAUUGCCCAGAAGGCUAUGUUUAUGUUGAGAAAGAAUGUGUACUGGACAGGUUCACUGUGCCAACUUUCUUAAACUGUUUCUGUAAAGACAAAAACACUAAGAACGUUGAAAUCAGCAUUAAGAACGUUUUUGCACCAAUGGGCUACAUUUCCAAUUUUGAUGACGAUCUUUCUUUUUUAUUCAUUUUCAAUACACUUUUUCCAAGGAAUGUCACACAAGGUAUGAUACAAGAGGCAAUGGAUGGGUACACAGCAACACUGAUAAGCAUCAUAUCAUGUCCCGUUACUGUCACAUUUGAUUUCUCCAUAAAAUCUUUACAUGAUAUAGCAUCUGACGAAAAUUCAGUUAAUCAUGUUUCAUCCCAUGGAAUUUAUAACAAAUUUUCCAUGGUGCAACUAAUUAUGACUUACACUGCAUUAAUGAUGGUAUAAUUGCCAUAAUAAAGACUUCAAGUGCAUUUUGUCUCAUAGUGUGACUAAUUGAAUAAUUAAUCCACUUAAUUCAACAACUGUUAUAAUGAGUAGAAGUGUACAAUAUCUCAUUACAAAUACAGGGUGGGCCAA